AUGACGAGUGGAGAGGAGGGAGCCGCUGGCUCCUCCAAGGGCCACAACGACCUCGGCUUCGAGGUGAACAGCAGCGGCUGGGUGCGCAGCGAGUUCAUUCGCCAUUUCGAGCGGGCAGGCCACGUCUUUUGGAAGAGCUCGCCCGUGCUGCCGCACAACGACCCUACGCUGCUCUUCGCCAACGCGGGGAUGAACCAGUUCAAGGACAUCAUCACCGGCAAGGCCGACGCUACCACGGAGUACGGCCGUCUGCGCCGCGUCUGCAACAGCCAGAAGUGCAUCCGCGCUGGUGGCAAGCACAACGACCUCGACGACGUCGGCCGUGACACCUACCACCAUACCUUUUUCGAGAUGCUUGGCAACUGGAGCUUCGGCGACUAUUUCAAAAAGGAGGCCAUCGACUACGCGUGGGAGCUGUUGACCAAGGUCUACAAGCUGGACACCUCGCGCAUCUACAUCACGUAUUACGGGGGUGACCCUAAGCUACCGGCGUGCAAGCCCGAUGAGGAGACCCGCGACUUGUGGGCGCGCUACAUGCCUCCCGAGCGAAUCUUGCCAUUCGGUAUGAAGGAGAACUUCUGGGAGAUGGCGGACACGGGUCCCUGCGGCCCUUCCUCCGAAAUCCACUACGACCACGUCGGCGGUAGGGACGCCACCCACUUGGUCAACGCGGACGACCCGAUGGUGGUUGAGCUGUGGAACCUCGUGUUCAUGCAGUACAACCGCAAGAGUGACGGCAGCGUGGAGUUGCUUCCAAAGCCGUGCGUCGAUACCGGCAUGGGUUUGGAACGUGUUACUGCCGUCCUCAAGGGCAGCUACAGCAACUACGACUGCGACCUUUUCACCGACAUUUUUGCCUACAUCAACAAGCUGAUGCCCCAUCUGCCUCCGUAUGGCGGAUCCGACUCCAUCGUGGAUGUCGCGUACAGGGUUGUGGCCGACCACGCAAGGUGCCUCACAGUCGCCAUCGCAGAUGGCGUAGAGCCGUCCAAUGACGGGCGUGGUUACGUGCUGAGGCGCAUUUUGCGUCGCGCCGUACGUUACGGCAAGGAACAUCUGGGCGCUACCGGUCCGUUCCUGUCGAAGCUGGUCGAGUGCGUGGUAUCGUCGCUCGGCGGGGCCUUCCCCGAGAUCCAGAACCAGAACGACAAGAUAACUUCUACGAUCCAUAAUGAGGAGUUGCUUUUCCUGGAGACUCUCGACAAGGGUUGCGACCGUUUCCGCAAGACGGUGGCAAAGUUGCAAGCCAGCUCCGACGGCAGUGCGCCUGUCGUGGUCAGCGGCGCCGAUGCAUUCCUGCUGUACAGCUCAUUCGGGUUCCCGCUGGAUCUCACCCAGCUCAUGGCACGCGAGAUGGGCGUCGACGUUGACGUCGAUGGGUUCAACGAACACUUCAAGCGCCACCAGAUGCUCUCCGAGAAGAAGCAGGUGAAGUCGGACGACCCCGUUGAGCAGGGCAUGGCGGACCUGUUGGCGUCGCUUUCCGCCGACGUGUUGGCAACCAUUUCAAACGCAAUAGGCGGUCGCGCAACCGACGACUCUUUGAAGUACCAGGGCAUUGAAAAAGGCUACACUGACAACCUCGAGUUCGACGUCCAGGUGCUGGCGCGGUGGACGCUCGGCGGACUGAAUCAGCCCCUGCAGGAUGGCGAGGUCUUCGCCGUGGUCUUGGACCGGACGCCUUUCUACUCCGAGUCAGGUGGCCAGAUUUGGGAUGAAGGUCUGUUGGGACCCUUCAGGGUUUUGAAGGUGCUGAAGAUGGCCGGUAUGGUGUUCCACUUCUGCGUGUGUGAAGCCGGCGGCGACGAAUUGUGCCGCCCCGGCGCCACUUUGAAGGCCCGUGUAGACUACGAACGCCGCGUCAAGGUUGCCUGCAACCACAGCGGCACUCACUUGCUGAACUUCGUUCUGCGCGAGGUGUACGACGAAAAGUCGUACCAGCGUGGGUCGCAACUUGAUGCUGAGAAGCUGAAGUUCGACAUCGCCGCUUCAAAAGCCUUGGACGACGAGACGUUGCAGCGCAUUGAGAGCCGCCUUCAGGAGAUCAUCGACGCCGACUGGAAGGUCGAGGUGAAGGAGCUGCCGUUCAAGGAAGCUGCCGAAAUCCCAGGCAUCAGGGCCAACUUCACUGACGUGUACCCGGAGACGGUGCGUGUCGUGAGCAUGGCCAAGGCGGGUGAGAAGGCGGAUGGUAACGUUAACUCCAUCGAGAUUUGUGGUGGCACCCAUGUGCCAUCUACUGGCGUGCUGAAGAGCGUGAUUGUGGUGGGCGAGGAAGGCAUAUCUAAGGGCGUCCGCCGCCUGACGCUGGCCACGCACGACCAAAGUGAAUCGUCGAAAGCGAUCCUUUCGUCAUACAAGCAAAGAUUGGCCGAUUUGGAGUCGAGGCUGUACAAGUUCACCGACGGCAUGGACACCGCCGUGAUGGCACAGCAGGCCAAUGAGAACAUGAAGCAACUCACGGCGCUUCGUUUCGAGAUGCAGAGCGAAAAGCUGCUGCCGCUUUUGGGCAAGCGUGACCUGAAGGCCACCUUCGACGCCAUGAUCAAUGCACAGAUCGAUGCCGGCAAGGUCCACCAGAAGAAGCUCGGCGUGGUCGCCAAGAACCUGUCCACCGAGUACCUGGCCCGUUUCAAGACCGGCGAAUUCGGUGAUGCGAAGAUAACGAGGUCGGGAAUGGAGUUGAUCCGCAUGACCGUCGACGUGCUUGAGGGAGAUGUGAAGGCACUCAACGUGUUCACUCAAACGCUGGCGAAGGCAUACCCGAAGUUCGCCUUCCUCAUCACGUCGUCCCACGCCAACCGCAAGUGCGUGGCGUGCCGCUGCGUAGUCCCGGCGGGGUCCGAUGUGGACGCCUUGGUGCUGGCCAACGAGGCCGCGGAGUCAUUCAGCCUGCAACCCGAUAUCGCUCGCGGCUCCAAGACGAACGCCAGCUGGAACGUGGAGUCGGAUUAG